AUGGGGCGCACGGGGUCCGGCUCGGGGCGCAGCUGUUCACGGUGCGCGACUUUGCGCUGCGAGCGCGUGGGCAGCAGUGGCGUCCACGUGCCCUGGUACUUGGGCUCGCGCUUCGGCGGGAAGGCAGGAGGAGGCGGCGGCGGCGGCAGUGGUCGGUCGCGCUCACAGAACCCGCGACGAGCGGUGGCGGCGGCAGCAGCAGCAGCAGCCGCGGCGGCUAAGAGCGGCGCGACCACGACGACGGCGGCGCCGCGGGAGCGCGACAACCGCGAGCAGAGGAGGAGGAGAGGAGGAGGAGAGCUGAACCGCGUGGCACAGCAGCCACAGGACCUUAUGCAGAUGCUGCAGUCGGUGGUCGGAGUCGGGAGUGGCACUGAUGCCCUGCAGCAGCAGCAGCAACAAUUACAGCAGCAACAACAACAACAGCAGCAGCAGCAACAGCAGCAGCGUACAGUCGAUCCCGCAUCAGUCCAGACCGAAGUUCCGCCACCACCACCCCCACCUCCACAGGUCCGGGUGGCGCCUGCCCCCUCCAGCGCCGAUCAGUCGGCGGUCGCCACCCAGCCGCCAAUCGGGCAGGGCGACGCCUACGCUGCUGCAGCAACAACACAGCAGCAGGAGAGCUACCAGAGCACCUCGGCUGGGGCGUCGUCUGACGGAACCUACGGGCAACAGGCAGCUGGAGGGCAGCAAGUGACCCCGUCUCAGGUCAAGCAGCAGGCAAACUCGCGCACCAAGGCGCGGCUGGUGUGCGCCGCCUGCGGCAAGGAGUUCAAGGACCGCUACCACUUAAGGCGGCACGAGGCGACGCACACACGCACCAAGAUUAAGGGCCAAGGCUCCUCAGCAUCGCUGGUAGCGGGCAGUGCUGGCACGUCGUCCUCGUCGCAGGCAUUCAUUGCCGCUGCGCAUCCCAACGGGCAGCUGGUGGCAGCGGGCGGUGCAACCGCAGGCCAAAUCCUGGCGCAGGCCACACCGACGGCACAGAUCAUCGCGGCGGCUAGCCCCGCAGGGCUGCUGGCGACAGGUGGUGCGCCACAGAUCAUCGCCACGGCCGGGCAAAUUGUGAGUCCCGCGCAGCUGCUCGCGUCAUCCGCGGCAGCGGCGGCAUCGUCGUCUUCGUCGGCCGAGCAGCAGGUGCACACGGCGGGAGCCGGCGACUUGAGCGCGUCGCAGCAGCACCACCACCAUCACCACCACCACCAUCUGCUGGCAGCGGCAACUACCGCCGGCAACGCGAGCGCGGCGCAGUACGCCUACGGCAAGCCGUGCGUGGACGGGGGCGGUGGGGGCGGAGGCGGUGGGGGCGGUAGUGCGGCUGCAGCGGCACACUUUCUGACCAUGCCCGUUUUCGUGAUGACGAGCGCCGGCGUGACACCCUUUGACCAGACGUCGGCACAACCCGUGCUUGCGCAGCAGCAGCAUCACCAUCAGCAGCAGCACCUUGGUGGACAGGCCUCGCAGCAGCAGCAGCAGCAGCAUUUCACAACAGUGGAUGUGGCCAUGGUCAGCAAUGGCCUCAUCCCGGGCUCGGAGCAGAGCUUCGACGCGUCGGGCACAGUGGGGAGUGCGGGGCAGCCGGCGUUUGGGACAGUGGCGGCAGCCGGGACAGCUCCGGCAGCGCCAACCGGCAAGAAGUCACGGAGCGGCGCGUCUGCAGUGAACGGAGUGAGGCGCCCUGUCAAGAAAAACCACGUGUGCGAGGUUUGCACCAAGGCCUUCCGCGACGUCUACCACCUGAACCGGCACAAGCUGUCGCACUCGGAGGAGCGGCCGCACUCUUGCCCCGUGUGCCACAAGCGCUUCAAGCGGCUCGACCGCAUGAGCGCGCACGUUCGCGCGCACGAGGGUGGUCCGGAGCGGCCCUACGCCUGCCCUGCCUGCGACAAGCGGUUCUCCCGCCGCGACCACCUGAACAACCACGUGAAGCGCGUGCACUCGACGGAGCGGCCCUUCAGAUGCCCGACCUGUGACUCGGCGUUUGCGACGCGCGACCGUCUGCGCGCCCACAUGGUGCGGCACCAGGAGCGUGUGCCGUGCCGUUCGUGCGGAAAGCCAACACGCGCCACGCCGGGGCGCGCCGCCGCCGCCGCCGCCGCCGCCGCUGCCGGCGCUCACCAGGGCGAGCAGCAGGGGGCCGCGGCUGCAGGCGCCUCGCACGCAGUGUGCAACGCGUGCCACAAGGCAGCGCAGGCCGCGCAGGCGGCCGGGGGAUCGGCGCUUGUCCAGCAGACAGGCCAGCUGGGCGUGACAGGGGCGUCGGCGCCUGUCGUCUGCAUCAAAACCGAGGUGCUUCCACCAGCACAGCCCACGGAUAUGAGGCAAGCUUACUUCUCUGCCUUCUAGGUCAGUAGCAGACAGGACGAUCUGAUGGGAUUUUUAUGGAUCUGAAGUGAGGAUGGAAUCACACCUGGGGUCCCACUUUAAAAAAUCCACAUUCAACACUACAAGCAUUUUGAGAGAAACUGAAGCAAGUCCUUUUUUUCCUUGUUUUUUUUUUACUAUUACUAACAACAGCAACAAAAACAUAAACUGACUGAGGUCUACUUGUAUUUGUGUGCAUUUUUUAGUUUCAUUUGUAUUUUUAAUGGAAAAAAAAAUAGUUAACCACAUUUUAAACAAAAUUAAAAAAAAAGAUUGUAAUGUUUUCGUGUAGUUUGAAAGUUUUAAUUUGUAAUAUAUCAUACGUUUUUGCCACAUUGGGAUUGAGAGAAUAUUGAGUUUGUUCAAGUGGAAAAAAAUCAUUGUUAUGAUCACAGUGAUAACAACUACAGCAGCGAGCGGGAUUGGAAGUGUGCAUGCAUCAGUGCGUGUCUUUGAGCUGGUGUAGGUGCAUGUGCGUGCGUUCAGCUGCGUUUAGCCGGUCCCGUGGCCUCGCUGAUGGCCUGGUCUCGGACUUUUGAGGUGUGCGAGUGGUGUGGGGAAAAGUCAUACCCAAUCCACUGUUAACCACCACCUACCCUCCUCCCUCGGGCAUACAUAACCCUGCCCAUCAGCUGUCUCUUCCUUUGUGUACAAUUGAUUCAGCAGUCGCCCAUCAGCUACUCCCAAUUACCACCCACCCUCCGUGCACCCCAGCCUAAAACAUAACCAUGCUGUUGCUCCAUUUGCAUCUGGAGCCGAAUUGACCGUGGUCUAAAAAAUAGCAACAAGAGGAAAACCACUCGAAUGGGUCUCAUUACUCUGCUACAACAUACCAGAUGGCAUGUUUCCUUGUAUUUAAAAAUGUGUUUUGGAGCUUGUCAACACCAGAGUAGGUGUACAUUGUAAAAUUAAUUGCAGUGCAUUUAGUUACAUGCUGCCAAAACGUAAAUUUCAUGAAAGAGCUCCAUUGUGAAAACAAAUAAGAAAUGCUGAAGAGCUAUAUUUUAAGGAUAUGAUGAAAGUAAUUUAGUAUUUUAAUUGUUACAAGUGUAAAAUCAAAUAUAAAAUGUAGACUACUUAAAUAAUUUUGUGAAAUGCAAAUUGCAAAUGGGAACAAGCAUUUUUUGGAAAUGCUUAAUUGUUAUAUCUCUCUGUUCUGAAGCCUUAUAUUCUACCAUCUCAACUUAUACAUCAUCUAAUGUUUGAGAUUGUAUGAAUCGGUGUGGUUUUACAUUAUAAAUUAGUUUUCCACAUUACAUGUUUGAAAAAAAAAUUGUUCAUGUUUCAACCAUUGACAUUUAAAAAUUUGAAAUAACUCUCUUGUAACAGUUGCACAGAUGUCAGUUUUUCAAUUCUAGCAGUUUUUUCAGAUAAUACAGAAUUAAUUACGUUUUGUAAUAGGUUUGUUACACUUGCAGUUACUUAAAUUUACAAUUAAAUAUAUAAAAAAACGUCAUACUAUUGAGAACUUGAGGAUUAUGCUCCUGCAUUGGAUGUUUGGCAGGUUGCCUUGUUCGUUCUUUAUUGCAAAUGGAAUGAGGAGCGCAUGGAGAAAACGCAUGAUUCACCUAUUUAUUUCAGUUUCAUUUUCCUUAACCCUGAUUUUAAUGCUUACUGGUACAAAAAUUGUAUUUAACCUUUUGAGAACCCAUUUAGAUUAUUUGUAUAUUUUCCAAUGGGGACGUAAACAACCAUACACUAAACAAGAAUGCUUCAAGUAAUGUUUUAUAUUUAAUCAUCAUUAACAUCAAUCGUUAACCCCCAAGCCAUAGCCAUAUCUCACGGUCUUGUGAUGCGACAAUCCACCAAGCACCUGCAAACAAUUAGAUUUAGUGAUGGGUUAUUGUAUUCAUCCUUCCACGGAAAGCUUGGACAACCCUCAACCACAUGAGGACAGGCCAGGGAAGAUGUGUCCACUUGCUCACCAAGUGGAACAUGAGGAGCAGCCCAAUUUGUGACUGGCCACCCAAGUCAGACAUUCGUCCACAAACUGAACUCCUGCCCAGAGAAACAAUCCCAUUCCUGGUUACAUCACAACAAUUCACUCUGCCUCACCUGAAGCCGAAUUGAUUGCUAACCUCAACAUCAACCUGAAACUGCUUCCCCAGCCAUAGGAUAAUUUCGGUUUCCAACCAAGAUGGUUCACAAUGGUGUAUCUAAUGACCAACCAACGUUUUACAGCAACUGAAUACUCAUAGUUUAUAAUGUGCACGUUAUCCAGCAGAUGGAGCCCCUUGCUAAACUGGAAAUAUAAAUAUAAAUCUGUUUAACAUUCGAUGUUGUAGGGUUUUUUUAUUCUAAAACCCAAUACACAACACGAACAUCAAAAAGGAAAACAGAUCACGAGUGCACAACAAACCUGGAGCAAUAUACACUCAAAUUAGGGACCGACUUGAGGCACUUUGUCUCGGCUAUGCCCUCCCCUGCAUCCACGUCUGGUGCAUUAACGAAAAUUGUUGUGACUAAUGAGUGGCUCUGAAGACUGGAAAUUUGACGGAAUGCUAGAGGUGAGUAAAAGCGUUGGUUGAGUAAAGUUUGCCUAGAUGGGCACAAGAGCGAGGAAGGGGCAGUGUUUAGGUGAAUGCCAAUGAGCAACAGAAAUCCACCAAAGCAAGCCACUGGCUGAUAACCAGCAAGGGACCCUUGGACAUUGAUAACCUGGAGUGAGUGGCGCAGCGACACGAUUGAUUGGAGCAAGAAGUUGAUGAUGGCUUGGCGGAACAACUGCGCGACCUGACAAGAGUGUGGCGCUGCUCAGAAUUGUUUGAAAAUGUUCUGAGCUCAACCCAAGCACAACCUACCUACAUUGUAUAUUUCUGAUGGAAAUUCAUCCGAUCCUGGUGCCAUCCAUCUUGCCAGAAGGCUAAUAGCCUUCAUGGUUUUAGUUAAGGUGGUGGGGAUCAGCAAGUGACAUGUUGACCUCAACCUGGGGCAUGCGGGUGAUUUCCUCUUUGUGGAUCGACAAAUACCCGUUAAAAGGAACACUCUGCUCAUCUGUCAAAGAACUCUAAUCAGAGUGGACCCAUCUGUACCAAGGAGAGGAAAGGUUCUGACCUGUGGUCCGUAGGCUGUCUUUACAACGUCAUAGAAGCACUUCAUGUAAUUUAUAUCGGCAUAACAUUGAAUGUGAUUGCUUCCCGACGAAGCCAGGAGUCCUACAUCUAUUGAGCCUAACCUGGACAGCUCUGCGUAUGUUGCUGAAGUCUGUUUUAUUUGGGGAUGACAUCUUGUCAUGGUAUUCUUUAUGGCGCCAAUGUUUCUCACCCACCACGGACUGUUAUCUCAUUUUCAUCAAACAUCCUAACGCUUGUGAGUGGUGGAUCCAAGACAUUCGAGGGAUUGACGUAGACAACAUCCCUCAAGGAUGUCCAGUUCUCCUUGACACUAUUGUGAUCAAAGUUGAUGGAAUCUAGCUGGCUAUCUAGCUUUUCACAGAGGGUCUCUAACCGGCUCCCUUGUAAACCUCAAUGUUAAAGCCGCUUGCGAGCCAUUUUCCCUGAGGGCGUCCCUUAGGCUGAAUGCGGAAAUGCAGAUUUGAGACAAUGGUCAGUCCAGCAGUUUGCACCACAAAUGAUGUGAUUCCUGUCCAUCCAUUAUAAAAGCCCGGCGUUCCUUUUAUCAACUAAAUAAGAGCAUUUCAGAAGCCCUGAAUCAAAAAGGUAUAGAAAGUGGACCCCCCCCCCCCUCAAAUGUGGUAAAAAAUGGAUCCCACAGGUCUCCAAAGAUUGUCGACCCCCCCCCCCACAAAUAAAUUCUCCCCCCCCCCCCCAAAAGAAAUGUUUUUUUGUCGGCAUAUAUGCCUUCACACCCUACAUACACUAGUCAGUAAUGUCUGCACACAUUGGGGAUGGGCAGAAGAAAAGGGCAUGUUGACAGGCGGCGCCGCGAAGCGCUGAGAAGACCUCCGUGGGAGCUACGGCCGCCGAAAUUUUAGCAUAUUGAAUUUUCCAUAAAAAUAUCAGAAUCUGCAUUUUUAUAAAUCCAACACCCCAUCCCUAGUGCACACACUGACGCUCUUGAAAAACAACAACUCAAAGUAAAUGUUGUGAUUUGUGAACUGCAUACGUUGCCAGUUUUAAUUUGUUUUAAUAUUCUGUAUAUUGCAACUAUAUUCGCUCACGUUACUUGUUAUAUUCAUUUAUAUGUUUAUAUUAUCAGAAUAGGACAUUGGAAUAACCCUGUACAAAAUCCAUGAAAAAUCUAUCCGCAUAAGUGCAUUUCAUCCAGAUCUCCUUUUGCAAGUUGGAGAAAUGAAUCUCAGCCGGCUAUCAUAGUUAAAUGAAGGGCUCGAGUGAAAACAAAAGCUGAUAGACAAUUCGAAAUACCGCCGCAAAACAUUGCUGAGACUUAGAUUGCAUCUUCAACCACCUGGCAUGAGUUCUAUGUGUCCUUACUGAGGAAAUUUCUAUUUGAUAUGUUGAAUCCCAUGGUUUGUGGUGCACACCCUCUCAAACGUAUGCCACUGAAGCAUAACUCAUUUAUGCGAGUGGGGGAAAUGUCGAUAAAUUGCGGAAACCAAACUGUACUACGCUUUUGUGGUUGCGUGCUGUGUAGCUGUCCAAUGUGCUUUCAGGUAAUACCAGGUGUUGUUCAACAUGGAUAUCCGUCGUUUCCCUCGAUGUGCUGGGAGCAUCUGUAGGAACUUAAUUAUUUGUGAAUUGUUCCCAUUGAAGCCCCUGGCAAGUGGAACAAAAUUUCAGAUAUACCAAAAAAUAUGCGGUACAACCCAAAAACACAUUGCAGAGCUACAAAUAACCUGGCAUCCUUAUAAUUGACUUCGUCUGCUAUAAUCCCAUGCUAGAGCUACACACUAGGAUCUCUUUCUAACCUCAAAAGUUAUCCACACCCUCUCCAAAUUCUGAUACUUUAUGCGCUUUGGCAAACAGUAUUUGGUGCAGCAUUGUGCCAAUUUCUCUAACCACGCGGGCAACAGCAAUUGGCAUUGGCACACUAACAUUAGUCCGAGACAAGGCAGGGUGACUGGGUGUGGUGGUGGUGGUGGUGGCGAUGGUGGUGGGGUUUUGCUUUGGUUCCCAGAGCCCAGGGCCUUGUGAAUGAACUCCCUUUCUCGCUGGGCGGUGGCAUCGUGUCGAUCGCGUGCUCGGAUUCUGAAAGAGUGUGAUGUGAUUUAUUUUCGCGUUUUCUUUUCCUCCGUGGUUUUAUUUUCUCGAUUUUUUAAAUGUGCUGUUAUUAUGUAUCCUAUAGACAAUGUAGCAGAGAGACAUUUAAGCCUCCACCUCGAGCUUUAGUGACAUCAACGUGAUGUUGAAGGAAAUGUUUUGUUUUUGAAUAAUAAUCAACUUUUACUGGUGAUGCUUUUCUCAUGUACUUUGGUCAAGUCAAACCAAUUUAUCAUGUUGAUCCAGCCCAUCAUUCCUCCAAAGUUAUUUAAAAUGAGUACCUUUGUGAGAAGUUUAAUGACUUUUGGAAUGGUUCUUGCAACAGUAAAUGUGCAUUUCCCCACCAUUGGUUGACAGAUGAGCAGGGCUAAAGCCUCGUUUGAAUUUGGAGAAGCUUAGCCAUGAGUGUAAUACAUGGAGUUAUGUUAAUGUUGUUCAUUUAUAUAUUGCAUAAUUUGAGUUUUUCUUUUAUCACAUGCAGCUUAUUAAUGGACGUAGUAACAACAGCUGCAUGGUUAUGAGACUUCAUAUAUCCGAACUGUUUACCAGGUCGGCCACCGUUAAUUCGUCAAUUUGUAUGCUUAACCGAUGCAAAUGGCCUCCAGAUCUGGUUCGCUUAAAAUAAUAUUACAGGCCCAAUGAUAAACUACAACAUUGUAUCAGCCAACAUGAAGAUACAUUUUAGAUAUAUUCUAUUUAUUUCAGCAGGAAGGGGCCCAACAAGCAAUAAGGCUCAAUUUCAUGACUUGUGAUAGACAACUAUAGAAGUUUAAGCGUUUUUAGUUGCCCCCACAUUCACAUGCAUAUCUCAUAAUAGAUCUUAUUAGCAACCAUGACAAUUGCUGUGAAUGUAAUGCCAAAGAUAAGCUGUUAUUUCCUAGUUUGACCUUCUGGAGAAUGAAAAAUAUUUGAAUCACCAUCCAUUUUAAAUGUGUUCUUUACAGAACUUUACUAUAAAAAAAGGAAAUAAGCUGUCAGUAAAUAAUGCAUGUUCCGGCACUUUGCUUGCAAGUGCAGAUACUCCAAUCUCGGCUAUGUUCAAUAUUAAAUGGCAAAGCACAAUACUUCAAUAGACUAAGGCACCUUAUAAUUCUAAGAUUUGUGGAAGAAAUGUGUUCUGCCAGCCUGGACCGUUCCCGUAAAUUUGCUUUUGCCUUUUUAAAUAUAUGAGCACAAUGCUACAAGGAGCAGUCGCCUGUAAAAGUUGAUUCUAAUGUUUCUUCUACUGUGGAAGAAAAAAAAAAAGCUUAACUUUAUUAUCUUGUAAGUACUGUAGUUUUUUUUUACUUUGGGGCUUUUUUGUUUUAAUUGACUUCAACAGUUGUGUAUCUGCCGAAUUAUGAAGCGUGAAGCAUAUGACCCACCCUCCCUCCCUCCCUCCCCACCAAAUGGAUAAAGAAUGGCAUAUCAUUUAAAUGUAUUAGCAUAUUUGCAGACUGGAUAACAUGACACUAAUAACUGCAAUGUGCAAUUUUUGGUGAACGUGAUGGGUCUGUUUAGGGGAGGUUGGGCUGGUGGGUGUUGGGGAGGCUCGUUUCAUAUCGUGUUUGUUUAAUUUGGACUUGUAACUAUUAUUGACAUAUUCAUUUUAGUUUGUCUUUCUGAAUUCAUGGUUUCACAUCCUCUAUUUCCAUUAUCGUCAUGUUUUAAGCCGGCAGCGGACUGUAUAAUUGUUAAACAAAUGGGCCGAGUUAAAUCAUUUUUCAGUUGGAGCUGGUAGACCAGGUCUGCAGCAGGUUUUUUAUUUUAUUUCAAAAUGCCGAGCAUAGAAAUACUGAAUACAGCAGAAAUUCAAAAGUUUGAAAUUCAAUCAUCCACAAAUCCCUUUAAUUCACGGAUUAUUGGCACUUCGCGGCUGCUCUAAUCCCGAGUGGAUUGAAAAUGCUCCGUGGAUCACAAGCCGUGAUCUAUAGAAAUAGCUAGGGCUAACACAGCUGUAGGUGUGAUGCUGCAGGGAAAUGCAGAGGUAAUAUUUUAUUUUUUUAUUUAACAGUGCUGACUUGAUUUGUUUUGUAGAAUAAGAUUUCUGCUUUUUUUUCCUUGAAUAUCAAUUCAAGGAGACUCGUAGCAGAUGUUGCACCAUUUGGAUCUUAGAAACAGCUCACGACCUUGCAAUCCGCCAAUUUUCGUAAAUUAAUUUAGCCGAUAGUCAUGUACCGUGCUUGCCCCUGUAAUCCGUGUAAUUGUUUUAGGUUCACGGAAUCGCGUGGCUCUUUCAUCCCAUAAUCCGUGGCACACCAUGUUGGAGUGAAAAUGUUUUCAUGGAUUAUUUGGUGUUACCUCUGCUGUGCACUGUGCAUCUGCAAUAUGGUGUGUCCCCCCCCCCCGGUCACUGAUGUAGAUUUUUGUAAUCCUAUAAAGUCCACAAUCCUCUGUGGGUGCUUCUUGUGUAGUGGUGGUAUUGUUAGGUUCAGCAUUGUGCUAUCUUCCCAGUAAUCUAAGUUCCAUAUCUUAUGGUGGUUAUCACAAGUGCAAAUCGCACCUGGUGUGCAUGUUCUUUCACACCGUAUGUAGCCAACCGUGCUAAUCGGAGAUGUGGGGGACGGUUCGACUCGUCUAAAAUGAAUACUCGGCCCAAUUCAUGAUUCACCAGCCAGGAGAUAUAGGUAGCUGGGUUUGUGUGGUGAUGUCCUCUCCACCAUACACUAUAUGCUGACCUUAAUAGUUCUUCAAAAGCACCUGCCUAACAGUGUAUGCAGAAUAAACAGAAGACCACAGUACAGUAUUUGAAGUCUGCAAUCUAGCAGUGUUUACCAAUCAUACAGUCCACUUGCGCUGUUGGGAGUCGUUGAGUCCAUUUGCUGGUGGUGAUGUGCUAAUGAGGUGAAUUCAAGCUAUUAGAUUAUUUCCUGCAGGUGUUCGAUCAUUUGUCAAGCACCUGUGAUCGUAUAUGCAUGUGAUUAAUUUUGUGUUCACUUUGUUUCAAAACCUUGGUGUGCAAAGACAGCUGUUAAAUGUGAUUGACCACAAAUGAGCUGUUUUUUUAUUAUUAAAAAAAUACUAGAGAUUUAAUGUCAUCUGUUCUCAAACUGAAGUGGACGGUUUGUAUUUUUUUAAAGGGGUUGUAGUUUUUGCUUUAAUGGAGCUGUCACACUCACCGUUCAAGGAAUACGUCCUCCAUCUUCUCUUUAGACCUCGGUUGAAUUUUAAAACGGUUUACUCAUGCUGGUUUGAAAAAAAAUACCAAAUAUGCCCCAAUUGUACUAACGGUAUCUUAGGUGUGUUAGGAAAUUGUUGAUACAUCACAAUUCCUGCACGUGUGGGGAAAAAUCCUGGAAGUGACAUCACAAUGCUUUGCCUGUCAUUCCCUAAUGGUGUAUUUACGACAGCCAGUAGAAUUACCCCUCCCUGAGCUGUAUGGAGUACCAAGUCAUUCGCUCCAUAUUUAUCUUACAACAAAUUUUUUGGGUAAAAAAUACGCUUUAUUUGUGAUCCUGGCAUCUAGGGUUCGCGUCUGUUUCUCACCCGAGAUAUGUUGAGUGCUUGUUCACUGAACAGACAUGGACAUCAGCCCUCCCGCAAGAGGCACGUCUAGGAAUCUAAGCUAAGCUGUCAGUCACUGACACAACAUUAGGCUACUGAUAGACAUCAGCUCUGGGGGCUGUAAUUUGUAUGUGUCCAUCAGAUGAUUGCCAUGCAGCGAAUCAUUCCUGACAAAGCAUAAUUGAGUACCUUCUGGUACCAGGAAAAUAGCAACAUAUUGCGUUAGUUUUGUAAUGUCACCUCUCAGGGCCAUUUCCCAACAGGAUGAUACGAAGUUCUGUUGAUUGUUGGUCCUUCAACAGUGUUUAUUCGCACAACAUAACGCUGGUUGCGUAAUUUAGAUGUAAUUCGUGAUGCAAUUUGAAACUUAUAAGAAAUAUUAUUUUCCUACGAAGGCCCACAUUUCCAGUUUGAAAAUUAAGACUUAAGGUUUGCUUCUGCACAUAAGCACACCAAUAAGCGGUUGGAUUAGGCAAAGUGUAUCGGAGGCUGUAUAGUUUGAGAUGCUACCCCUUUAAAAACAUGCCAAUAAAAAAGUGUUUUUGUCAGUGUCCCUCCCAACAUAUGCUUCACAGAUUUACCGAGCGACAUUUUAUAUAUAAAUAUAUUUUUAAAUUUUAUGUUUUGUUUCGCUGUUAUUUUCACAUUAAUGUAGCGCUCUUUAUUGCUCCCUCGUGUAAAUAUGUGUAAUCUGAACUUUUUUUUGCUCUCUUAAACCCAAUUAUUCACUGUAAUCCGUCCUUGAUGUACAAAAGUGUAAAGUUUUAAAAACAAACACAUUUCUGUAACAGAUAAACUCAUGUUUGUGUUUCUAAACGGAGGUUUGAAAAAAAAAUACAACUUUUCUGUUUGUGUUUCAGUCUUGCUACUGCAUAUAAAACAGAUAUUAUGUUUGUCAAAAAAAAUGUAUACAUAUUAUUUUUAUCCACGUGUUAAUGCGGUGCAAUUACGCUCCAUGAACAUUGCAUUGUAUUUUGCAUUUUCACAAACCCAGAUCGUUUAGUGGGGGCGGUGGGAAAUGUCAAGUAUUUGUGGCAAGUAAUAGGAGUUCAACAAUUCUCAUGUCUGCCCCAGCAAAGCAAAUCACAUGGGAUGAAUGUCACGGCCACUGUUGGCUGGAUUGGCUGCCGGGGUUGACAUGAACUUAUAACGUACAACAUACACGAUUUUAAAAACAUCGAUUCUUUCACACGAUUCAUUGCAUGUAUCGAUAUUAAUCAGUUAAUUGUUAUACCCCCCUACUGUGCAGCGUAAAUAUGUAAUUUAUCGCACUGUGUGUCAUGUGAAAAAUGUUAACAUGUUUGCCUCCCUGCAAACGAAGCGUGGAUUUCAACAUUGUAAGUGUUAGUAAACUGCUUUUUUAUGCAUAAUGCAGCUCUGAUUAAAUAAAUAAACAUGAGCAGUGUGCAGUGGGUAAACCAGCUUCUGGCUACACAUGCAGAUGUUGUAUUUGUUUAUAUUUUAGGUACCCCUAUUACUUUGCCAUGAAGAUAACUGAGCGUUGUCUGCAUUCGUGAGUGGUCUGGGUUGGGCCAUCGGAUGGCAAUUUGAUUAAUAGUUCCUGUUAUAAGAGUUUCAACAUUCCAAUUUCCUGAUUGGCAAAAACGUUUAAUUGACUACAAAGGUUGGUAUUUUAAAUGUAUUUAUAGUAGGAUUAUUGAAGGUAACAUGGUUUUUUGAAGUCACUGAAAAACAUUUACGGUAUCAGCCCAUGGGCCUUACAGAUAACAUGAAAUGCUGUUUAUUACCACCAUUAAACCAAACCGUUGAUGCAUGCUUCAAUCCAAUACCUUGUUGAAUUGGAAAAAAUAAACUUGUAUUUUGUAUUUGGGGUUAUCAAACUCAAUUUUAGUGCUAUCGUCCAGCGAGCUAAUUCUAGCUUUCAGUGCAUUUAUUGAUUUUUUUUUCCCCAAUUACACAUGAAUAGUAUUUUUAUUGUAAAUUAUUUUAAUUUUGUGCUGCCAUUUUUUUCGGUAUUUAAUCUGAAAUUUGCGCCUGGAGGUCAAUUCUUGCCAAUGCUGGUGUCGGCCUGGUCUUCAACAUCGACUUAUAAAUUUCAUAGCUCCCAGCAGGAAAUGAACAGACAGCUGAAGUUGGGAAUUAAGUUGAACAUUUGACUGAGUGCAGACCUUCCACCAUUGUCCUCUGAUCUCUUAGCUUAAAUAUAAGUUGAGUUAGUUGUGUCCACGUGCUCCUGGUAAACAGCGAUGUAAAAAAAUAUUAUUUUUAUACCUCCCUGCUCGGUAUUUUUGCCAAAAAAUGUUGGAACCAGCUGCAAUUUCUAUAUUUGAAGUUUUCGUGACUGCAAGGAUCCAUAUUUUUUGGUUCUUUCGGUAAAGUCACGUCGGUAAAAAUAAAAUAAAACAAAAAUUAAAACUAAAUUAAAUCACGACGUUUCGGGCGCAACACAAGCGCCCGUCAUUAUUUUUACCUACGUGACUUUACCGAAAGAACCAAAGAAUACAGCUGCAAUUUACUAUACAGUACUGGUGGUGGUGGGGUGGGGGAGAGGUGUAAAUGACACAUUGCCUGUGUAUCCCUUAAAUUUGUUUGUAUUUUAUCAUAAGCAAGCUAAUAUUAACACCCGCAGAGCAAUCUAUGCCAACAUUGGCAAAGGUUGAAAUGCCACAAUGGAAGGUUGCAAGAAACUUCGCUAAAUACUCUGCAAGUUCCACUGCGGCACGUAUCACCAAUCGGCUGGAAAUAAACUCUUAAAGAGCAUGGCUAUGUUGUUAGACGUUUGCGUGUGUAAAACCGCACGCACAUUUAUGGCAGUGCAGGUUAGCAAGGGAAAGAUGCUGUACCGAUGACCUCGAGCAAAAAGGUGAAACUUGAACACAGUUUGGGUUUGAGUCACUGCUGUGACAUCAUAGCCAUGCUUUCUGAAUUCCAAAACGAUCUGGUGUCCAGAGUUGUCACCAGUGUUGACGAAAAUUAAACUUAUGCCGAAUCCGAUUGGCCUGAUGGCAAGCUUUUGUUGUUAGAAAAGAUUGAUGUAACGCCCACUGCAAGAGAUAAUGUGAUGACCAGAAUGGCGCGAUUGACUUACGGGGAGUAAAAAUUACAUUUACCAAAUAAUUUGCCCAUCAAGAGUAUUUUAUCUUAUUUCACUUGAACGGCUAGUUUUAGAGACCACCCUCAAUAUACACUGAUGCUUUUGGUGGUUUUUGCAAGAUCUUUUGUGAACGUUUCUCACGUCUUGUGGCUGAUGCGCGUUAAUGUUUGUAAACGUUUUUAUUCAAAUGUUUCAAAACAACACAGCACCCUCUUGUAUGCAGUAACAAGACUGUUUUAAAGCGAUAGAAAAGUAAGAUACAUUCUUUUUUAACAACAUUAUACUUGGCCGUGUUAUGUGUUGUCACAACACAAAAUGUACGUCUGAAGUGUUAUCGAAUUGAGUUUUAAAAAAAAAACGGUCAAAGCUGUCCUCGUUUUAUAUAGUCCGGGCGUGAUGAUGUAUUUCCAUAAACCAUGGCUGUGUAAUGCAAAACUAAACCAAACAUGAUUCUGCAGUAUAGAAAAGUGAACUGGCGACGAUAAUACUGAUUUAUGACCCGUGGCCCAUGUGGAAGCCGAGAGGGUGAAUCCUGUUGCUCUAACACUAAUUCACUCGGGUGCUCAGACUUCAUUCCUAACUUAAUAUCCUAGCCCUUAACCAAAUGUUAUUAACAGUAUUUUAGCCUGUGGCCCAAAUGCUAGGAAAGUAAUUGGGAUCAGGGAGCCGAUAUUAAAGUAAUGGCUUAAGUUAUAAGAAUAAUGAAGCCUCGAUUUAUUAUGACUGGGACUAUGGUGAAAUUGAGACGUAUGGCAACAAUUAUGGUUAUGAUUAAUGGGUUAUGCUAGGUGUAAAGGGUUAAAGUAAUUUUUUUUUUAACUACGUGACUUUACCGAAAGAACCAAAGAGUAUGGAUUCCUGCAGUCACGAAAGCUUCAAAUCAGCAUUUAAUAUGUUUUGAUCUAUGAUUAAGACUGUUCGGACUAGAAUAAGGCUUUUUGGGUAAAUGUAACAUUUGCCGUGAGGAUUAAUACUACUUCCGUUUGGCAAGGGCCUCUGUCAAGGUUAUGGUGAUGGCUUGUGUAUAGGAAGAGAGUUAAGGCUGGGGGGAGAUCAUGUCAAAUUCAUGACUGGCAGCUGGGGCCAAAGUCUGCAUCACGUCGCUUUUCCACACUGCAUCACUUGGCUUUUGGUUUGUUGUUCAUUACGGCGCAGUAUCGCAUUCAUGAAUAGUGCCUCCGCAAUUGUGGGGUUUCGUUCGUGACAUGACCUGGUUCCCCACCAUCACCCAAAGCACCCCUCCCCCCCCCCUCUUGCAUCCCUUCCCUUGCUUUUCCUUUACACAAGUUCUCCUUGUAUCCCAAACCCUGUGCGCCACCCCCUCUCCUCUUUCAAGCACUGCUUAUCUAUAACCCCAUCCUCUUUCCCGAUGAGCGCGUUGCUGGGGACCUGGGAGGUGUAAAGUAUGAGGAAUUUUGCACCAUGGCAGUGGUGAUGGCUCGGGAGCUUAUUUCUUUGAGACAACAUUUAAGUAACGUAAUCCUUUAAUAGUGCGCGUGCGGCACAGCUGGUUAAAAAAAUGCUUGUGUGAGUGCUUGUGCGUGUUUUUUUGCGUUGUGUGUACUGUCGGUGUCAUCGUGGCAGUCGUAGCUUUCAUCCGAAGCCGAUUGCUGACAAUGCAUACAGAAUUUAUGACUGAUACAUUAACCUGGGCCAGGCGUCCCCCGGGCUCGCUCGGUCUGAACCGAGUCGCGCCUGUUGCUGUGUGGUCAUCAUUGACACUGCCGAGAGCAAAGCAGGCAGACGCUCUUGGUGCUGCCCACACAACCCCUCAGUCGUCAUGGCAACCAACUUGAAUAGGUGCUCGCUAACAAAGCAGUGACAUUUGUCCGUAGAAUAAUCUGUGUGUAUGGGGGAUAUGUGGAGCAUCUUCUUGGUAAUGCACACACUUGACAGGUGGUAUCUGGACCUGGCUUGGACGUACUCGACAUAAAAUAAGCAUGAUCCCCCAGUGUGCUAUGCCACACUUUCCCCUUCAUUUUUAUGGUGAACGGGGGGGGGGGGGGGGGUUUAUAUAUAUGAGUUGUGUACGUGUGUGCAAAGUAUGUAUGCGUGUGAUUUAUACUCAACUGUGUCGCUCCAACUGGCAUUCUCCAUUAUGCACCCGAGUUUUUAGCACUGCCAUGGCAGCGUCCUCUCCGAAUCCACAUUGGCCACGAACAGUAUUAAAUACUUUGACCGUUUAACUUGUAGAAUUUGAAUAAUUAAAUAAGUACAUGUUUAACCUUAACCUGUGCCGGAAUUAUUUGCUGCUGGUUUUGUAUUGUUACAUCUUGUGUGCCCAUCACGAUCCAGUGUAAACAUCUGUAUAUACUAUGUAGUUUUACAGCUGCAUCAUUGCCUUUGCUUUUGAGUGAAGUUGGUUCAAUUAAGUCGAUCGCUUUCUCUUUUAGAUUAAAUGGUUUGUGGUGGAAAUGUAUUAUAAAACUACCACCCACAGUAACCCAUGUGGUAGAUAAACAUUGACCCAUCAA